AUCGUGACCGUGACGUCACUAGGCGUGAAGUUUAAACAUGGCAUCCGGCUCCAGAUCGAAGCAGCAAGUUCGUUUGGAUCUUGAAGUACCGUUUUUAAAAACAAUUGCGCCGGAUAAACUGGGAAAACUAAUUGUUGAGAUCGUCAAGUACAUCCUCUACGAAAGAGAACAGCUUCCGACGCCGUACGAUGAGUUCAAAAGGUCAACCAAGCAACUCACCAGUGACUGCAACUCUGCAAACAAAACCAAACCAGCGCAUCCGAUCCGGACGAUCAAGCAGCGCCGCGCGCUCGCCUCCAUCGAUGCCAUGGACCUCAUCUUCACGUCGACACAGCAGCUCAUCCAGAGCAACAAGUUGUCUCAGGUCCUGCUUGUAUUCGGCCCCACCGUCAUGUCGCCGGUCGAGAGCUACGUCAUCCGCGUCCCCGAGCGAGACUUCGCCUGCCGCACGUGCGGAGACACGUCCGCUUUCCGCCGCUGCAUGCUACAGGUCCUAGAGACGUUCCGCGCCGUCGGACAGACGGACGGUGGCACAGCGACGACGAAGCUGACGACGUUCCUCUGCCUGCGGAGGCGCGACGUCGAGUUUGCGCUGAUGGACGUGAGGCCGAGCUUCCAGGUUCCGCGCAAGGGGCGGCUAACUGUCCUCAACCUCAGCCUGCCGUUCUGUCGACACAACGACGCCGGCUCUGUUGAUGCAACCUGCUCCAUUGGUGCAGUUGGCUCCAUUGGCGCAGCUGGCUCCGUUGGCACAGCCUGCUCUGUUAGUGCAACCAGCUCCACUGACGCAACCAGUUCCGUCGACACAAUUGGCGACACGUCGAUUCCUUCCUGCGACGACCCAGUGGAGUUGGCGGAGACUUUGAGGAAGAGACGUGGCGACGCCCGCGAUAGUCGCGGCGAGGAUCAGGACUGGGUUUGGGCACAGUGCAAGCCCGUGUUCACGACAGUGUUGGCAAGCACUUUCCCCGCGGACGCACCUACUUGUUUAUGACGCCCGCUUGCUUAGAUACGGAUCCCGUCUUCGAGCAUACAGUCGUAGGUAAAAGGAACUGGCACGCGUGUGCUUGAGGUUGGUUUGCGCAUCCGCGUCUGAGUGGCACAGUGCAUUGCGACCACGUGCGACUGCUGACAACAGUGUUUCAAAAGUAGCGCAAGGUGCAUCAAUGCACGAGGCACGUGCAGUCCUUGGGAAGAUCGUGGUGGCACAGCACAGCACUAAGCUAGAUUUCAGACGCCGUGUUCUUCUCUGAAGUGGCGCUCGGCAUGCGUUUCAAACAUUUGCACAACAAUGAAUGGCGCCACUUUUCCCAGGAUAGAGGGGCUUUAGACGGAAGCGCACGCUGGCGCCAUCUGUCAAGUAGUCCGGGAACACUUCUAAUCCGAGUAUAUUCAAACAUUUUAGGCAAUUCUUUUAACAUUAUCGAAAUUCCUACGAUAAUGUUAUCAGCAACCAUUUCUCGUGGAUAGUGCAUAGAUUUGAUCGCAAAUGCUGCGGAACCUUAAGCCUAGUUAUAUGCAGAUCGUAGGUGUUCCAUGGCUACUUGACAGAUGGUGCCAGUACUCGUAAGUAGUCGCACGCAGUUGCAAUGCAUUUAGUCGCACUCGAAUGCAGAUGUGCGAUCCAGCCUCGACUUGUCUGCCCCAAGGUGCCUCGUACUGCGCUCUGCCUUUUAUAGGUGGCGCCAGCCCACGUGCGUGACAAAGCACGACUCGCUGCGUUCCAGUUAAUUCCAGUGCGGUGCAGCCAAUCGUCAAAGCCGCACCGCCACGCCGCUCGGCACUGCAGACUGCUGCUUGUGAGAAGUGCGGCGCGUCUUUCUGUCUGAAAACUGUAAUUUACCUUGCCUUUUGGUUCCACCUGUUGUGGGGGACGAAGAACUAUUCUCUAUCCGAAGGACGUCGUCUAUCCCUUCUCGACACUGGCACGCGAGUGUGCCUAUGAUUUCUUUUGUCUACGACUGUGCGUCGACUGGGCUUUGUUAACACUGAUGUGCUGGCAACAAAUCGGUUUAAUGAAAAAUUUAGCUGCACGAGGAAGGUGACGUAUUGAAGAAUUACAACCAGAGUUCCCGAUCGUCUGUUUUGAUGGGGUCGUUCAGUAGGAAGGGCAUCGGUUGGAGUGACGGAUAACCGCGACUGUUUCUACUGUGAAGUUUUACCCAGUUGAAUGAUCUUAGGUGUGUUUGCCUUGUGCCAAAUUACUUUUACGACUAUAGCGUGAAUGAGAUGUUCGUGUUGAACAAAAAAGGAAAACAAGAGCCAUAGUGGCAAUUGAUUGCGUGAAAUAGUGUGCAUUUAUGAUUUAUACACUAGUGACGAUCUCACCACAGCGAGAAGUUGAGCGGCAUGCAGAUUACAAUCUGCUGGCUCGAAGUGCAACAAGUCCCUGCAAUUUCUGCUCAAACCUGUUCAGUCAGUUUUUGUGUUCAUUUAAUGGCCGUCAAACAAAGGGUUACCUUUGGCAUAAUGUCAUUUUGCGUCAUUGUUACGUGGUCGUGUUGUGUAAAAGUAAUGGCAGAUUAUCGAUGAGAAAAUUUAGCUUUUUACACUUUACAUCAGACGAGAUGCUGCUCCUUUACCCACAUAAAAAAAAAAAAAAAUUGAGGAAAUAAAAAAAAAAAG